CCGCCAUUUUGCGGCGCGGGAUCCGAGGGGAGGAGACCGGGCGGAGGUCUCGGUACAGCCACUUAGAGAAGAUGACAGAUUUGGUGGCUGUUUGGGAAGUAGCUUUAAGUGAUGGUGUUCAUAAGAUUGAAUUUGAACAUGGGACCACUUCAGGAAAGCGUGUUGUCUAUGUUGAUGGAAAGGAAGAAAUAAGAAGAGAAUGGAUGUUUAAAUUAGUGGGUAAAGAAACAUUCACUGUUGGAGCUACUAAAACUAAAGCUGCUAUUAACAUUGAUGCAGUCAGCGGCUUUGCCUAUGAAUAUACUUUGGAGAUCAAUGGAAAGAGUCUCAAGCAGUAUAUAGAGAACAGGUUAAAAACAACCAAUACUUGGAUAUUGAACUUGGGAGGUACAGACUAUAGAAUUGUUCUAGAAAAAGAUACGAUGGAUGUGUGGUGCAACGGUCAAAAAAUGGAAACAGCGGGUGAAUUUGUGGAAGAUGGGACUGAAACUCAUUUUACUGUUGCUGACCACAGCUGUUGCAUUAAGGCUGUCAGUAGUGGGAAACGAAAGGAAGGAAUUAUUCAUACUCUUAUUGUGGACAACAGAGAAAUCCCAGAGGCUGUGGAAUAGCCUCUGGUUAACUGAUUAUAGUAGGACUAAGAUCAGGAAUUUUCAAUUACUGUGGUAAUUAUUUUAAUAUGUACUACUUGGUACAUCUAGUUUGUGCUGGGUUUAUUUUCUAGUUUCUGUACACGGAAUUAUUCUUGUUGAGGACCAGAUGAAAAUAAUUAUGUACAAUCUCUUACAUUACCAGUUUUUAAAAAAGCUAUAUAUAUCUAGAAUAUAUAGCAUAUUACUAUGUGUGGAGAACACUGGUGAAAUAGAAAUUAUACAUCAGGAAAAAAUCAUGCUAUAAUAAAACUAAAAAUAAAUAUUCAGUAACACUGAAUCCUUAACUACAGGUGUAUGUGGAGGGAAGAGAAAGCCUAUACUGGGCACAGGAUUAAGAUGUUAAAAGCUUUCUCUAUAAUUAUUUUUCUAUUAACCUGACUACAGACCAUUUCACAUGCAGUUAAGGGUAGUUACAUAGUUAAUAAAGAGGUCAAUAAUGAAAUACAUAGUUACCAAAACUUGUGUUACAGUAUUAAAUUAAUACUGAAUUAUGAAAACUGUUCUCUAUUCCCACUAGGAGCAAGAUGUUACAUUGUGCCAAAAAAAACCCCAUUCCUUUAGGUGUUCUGAAAACUGAUGCUGUAGUUCAUAAACUAGAGAAGACAGUAGAAGAAAAAAAAAAUUCCUGCUAUGAAACCUCUUUAAAAAUGGUCUCUUGAAGCAUGCUGACAUAAGAACUUACCUCUGUUCACUGCUAACAAAUCUUAAAUCUACAAAUAUGUGUUUUCAUGGCAGUAAUGUGUGAAUCAAAAAUAUAAGGAAGAAGGGAACAGAAAUGGAAAAUAAUUAGUUACUUUAAUUGAAUAGUUAAAAUAGGAAUAGACUAAUUCUGUUUUCAGAAUUGCAGCAUAAUUUCCAAUGUCAACCUUUGGAUUUCUUGAGAACAAAACUCAUGUGGUUAGACUUACACUACAAAACUACCCUUUGUAACUGCAAGCACAGCUAAUCUUAAAAAUAAUUAUUAAAAAACCUAAAAUGUUAAUAUAUUAAUCUAAAAGUUUCUUUUGUAAUUGUUAAAAAAAAAUCCACUUGUAACCUCAAAAUUCAGAAUUAAACUUUUAUAACUUAAUUUCUUUUGGACUUGUGAGUGGUUCCUAGCACUACAACUACUAGCUCAAGAGUUGCAGGUGCAGUACAAGCAUCCUGGGAAUCCAUUAACAAAUUUUUUGGAAAAGUUUUAUUAAAUGCUAAUUUCAUCUGUGUUUUAGAGAUCAGGCUGCUCCCCAUCAGCAGGCUUUACUGGAGGAAGUUUCCAUGUACCCAAGUGCUGGACUGAAUCUCCUUUUACACUGGAAUUACUGGAGUAACAGCCCUUGGGCUUUUCCGUGUAUUUGCUUCACGUCGCUGCAGAAGUAAUGGGGGGAUACCUGGCUACAAGGCUGACAAUUUAAUCUUUAAAAGAUGUUGGUAAAGGUAAAUUAAUUGAAAAAUAAUUUCAAGCUGUAGCUUGAACCAGUUCUCUACUAUUUUGUAGCCUUUCAAAGAGAUUGAAUGUUGCUGAGAAGUCUGAAGCUCAUGUACAGUACAAAUCACAUUCUUAAGACUAUAGAAAAAUACAAGUUAAACAGAUAGUGACAUUCAUACUUUUUAUUUUGAAUAUGUGUAUCUACAAUGCUUGAAGUAAGUAAUAAAAACAGUAUAGCAACCACUGUAAGAAA